UUGGUUAUUUGUGCUGCUGCUCAUCAACAGAGAAUCUACUAGUUAUUUGUUCCUAAAACUAUACAACUUCGACUUGCCCCAACACAAGAGAUGAAGGAGGAAUGUGGGAGUUUCAUGGCGGCCCUGUCUGUGAACGUGGUGACAGUCAACAUGUUACUGAGUGUCUUCUUUCUUUCAGGUGUUUUGGCUGAUUGUGGGACAACAUCACACCUCUCCAUCACAACACCAAAGGAGAUGGAAGCACUGAGUGGAUCUUGUUUGCGAAUCCCAUGUAGCUUUAAUCCAUCAGGCAACGGAUUUGACAACCAGACAGAGAUCUUUGGAAUUUGGAUGAAAAAUGAACCGAAAUUUGGAAAUAAGGAAAAUGUCAUUUUCAACAGUAGUAAAACAGAUAACGUCUAUCCAAUGGAAAUUAUUGGAAAACUGAAUGAGAAAAACUGCACCACUCUGUUUUCUAAUUUAACCACAAGUCAUACAAACACAUACUUCUUCAGAAUUGAGAGCAAACCGUACAAAGCAACGUCUCGUUGUGAUCAUCUUCAAAUAAGAGUUAAAGAUUCUCCUCAGAAACCCAGAAUAGAAAUCUCAGGUGAUGUGAAGGACCUGAAGGAGAAGGAGUCUGUCACUAUAACCUGCUCAGCUUUCACUCCCUGUCCACACUCCCCUCCUGAACUCACCUGGAAUCUCCAACAAGACUCUCACAGACAAACAGAGGAAAACACAGAUGGAACCUUUACAACUAAAAUCCAGCAGAACAUCACUCUGUCACACACACAUGAUGGAUACACCAUCACAUGUUCUGCCAGAUAUCCUGUGGAUGGAGGAAAACGUGUGAACACAUCAGAGACAGAAGAGACUCUCAGUGUUUCAUAUGCUCCUAAAGACACCUCAGCAUCCAUCAGUCCAUCAGGUUUGGUGUCAGCAGGUAGCUGGGUGAAGCUGAACUGCUCCAGCAGAGCCAAGCCUCCCGUCAGCAGCUUCACCUGGUUCAAGAUCAGCACAGAGGGACCCGUUAAUGUGUCUGAGGGACCGGUUCACAGCUUCAAUGCAACGGAUGGAGGAAUUUAUUACUGUGUGGCUGCAAAUAAACUGGGAAACCAGACGUCCCAAGAAAUCCGUCUUAAUAUUAAAGGUUUGUCAGAUGGAAAUACUGCUGUACCCUGGGAGGCUGUUCUUGGUGGAAUAAUUGGGAUUCUUCUCCUCGUUGUGUGUGGUUGUGUUUAUUGGAGGAAAACAAAGGCGACAAAUUCAAAUGAACAUCAGCUCCAGAAUGAAACAAGCAAAGAGAAGGCUGUUCAAGAACCGAGAAGGAAAUCAGAACAAGCAGAAGAAGAAAACAUCCAUUAUGGAGAGAUUAAAUUCUCCAUGCGAACACCGGAUCCGUCCUCUGCAUUGGUGCAAGACAGAAAAGACCUGGAAACGGUGUAUGCACAGGUUAAAGCAUCUGGGCCGCCAACCAGUUUAAGAGAAAUGGUCGAUGAUCCAAAAGGUCUUUAUGCUCAAGUGAAGAAAAAUUAGGUUUUGUUUUGCUUGUUUUGGAUUCAAAAUAAACAUGUUCAAUAUUUCACUUCUACCAAAGUCUUAUUGGACAUAAAGGACACUGGGACGCUGUUUAGUUCCUCAAAAGGAAACUUUUAACCUCCAACCUUGCAGCUUUUUUUGUUGUGUGUGCUGACCACACACAUCUGCUGUCAUGUGAUUUUGUUAUGUGGAGCUCACAUUGAUUGUAAAUAGAGGUCUCACAUCUAACAGGAAACCUUUCCACCUGCUACCACAAACACUUCUCUGCACACAUUUUUUACAUA